GCGCAUUGUAGACAAACGCAGAGCGCCCGGGGCCGGGCUGCAGAAACGCUGCCCUAUGUGAAAUUGCUCUGGUCUUUCUCAACCGUUCGUGGACAGCCGAGGGGGAACACCCUGAUGCUUAGGGAUGCGCUGCGAUUCUGUCGAAAUAGGACUCUUCUGUCGAAAUAGGACCGCCAGACUCUUGUAUUCGUUUCUGUUGCCAGACUAACAUUGAAUUGGUGGCGGUUAGUGGCUGACCACAUCUGUGCCCUUAGUUACAGUCAUCAGGUUUUCAACCAGAGAUUGGACAGUAAUGAUGACACUGAAGAUGUUGCACUGUUUGACGCAGAAGAGGAAACAGCUAAUAGACCAAAAAAAUCCAAAAUCAGACACCCAGUGGCAUCAUUUUUCCAUUUAUUCUUUCGAGUCAGUGCAAUUGUAGUCUAUCUUCUCUGUGAAUUGUUCAGCAGCAGCUUUAUUGCCUGUAUGGUGACAAUUAUCUUGUUGUUGUCAUGUGACUUUUGGGCAGUCAAGAAUGUCACAGGCAGACUAAUGGUUGGCCUACGUUGGUGGAAUCAUAUUGAUGAAGAUGGAAAAAGCCACUGGGUGUUUGAGUCCAGGAAGGUGUCCCCUGAAGAGAAUAAAACUAUUUCAGAGGCUGAAUCAAGAAUCUUUUGGUUAGGACUUAUUGCCUGUCCAGUGCUGUGGGUGAUAUUUGCCUUCAGUGCUCUCUUCUCCUUCAGAAUGAAGUGGUUGGCAGUAGUUACCAUGGGUGUGGUGCUACAAGGUGCCAAUCUCUAUGGCUACAUCAGGUGCAAAGUGGGCAGCAGAAAGAAUUUAACCAACAUGGCCACAUCUUAUCUUGGAAAGCAGUUUUUAAGACAGAAUACUGGAGAUGAUCAGACUUCCUGAAGAGGGAGAGAAAGUCUAUGUGUUCUGUUACAUUGGGGAACAACUGAAGAGAUUCUUGGCUCUGAACCUUUAGAACUCAGUACACAUGUUGCAGAGAAGAAUGUUGGGUUUGUUUUUCCAUUUUUAAAUUUACUUAAGAAAAAAAGGAAUAGUAGUUUUCAUAUUAUUUUUACUUUCUAGCAUUUGGGGCUUGAAGGUAUACUAUAGCCAAAAACAUUGUCAAAAUUUGGUUGAUGGUGUACAUAUGUGUAUGCGCAGUCUUGUAACAUCCAUAUACCCCAAAUUAAUGAAAGUGUUUGUGUUCAUGUACACACGUAAUGGAGACCUUUGCAUUUUGAUCCAUGGAACAAAGAAGGAUGUUCUCAAAACUCUGUGUUUACAUAUUAUUCCUGUAGAUUAUUUCCAGAAGAAAGUUUUGCUUCCCUGGUAAGAGUGAGUACUUUGGCUUAUGUAUAAGUUAGAAAUUGUUAAUUUUACAACUUAAUAUAUACUUCAUGAUAAAAUUUCUUAUCCUAGGCAUUCACAAGUAGGUAAAAAUCAAAUUCGGGUCAGUGGAUGAAUUAGUUUCUAAAAUUUUUGUUUAUUUUUAUUUGUAACAAGCCAUGUAUUUAAGGUUCAGUUAAUAUAAAUGAAUUUUGAUAGUUUAUGUUUAGAGGAUACCUAGAGAUUGCUGAUGUUCUAUUUAUUUUUUUAGAAAGGGUAGCCAGAUUUUGCUUUGGAACUUCCAGAAAGAGCUUCAGUGGUCCUUGGUCUAAUGAAAUAUAUCUUUUAUCAUAAAAAGAGUAUUAUUCUUAUGUCACAAUGAGAAUAAUCAUUUAAAUACUUGGCAUAAUAAAUGCCUAAAAGACAUUUAUGAAUCUAUUUUUUUCUCUUGCUAUAAUGGGGAUAUUAUAAAUCAUGCAUUUGUAUUAAUAGUAUUUCUUAAAAAGCGAUAUGGUCUACAAACUAUUAUAGACAUCUGUUCAUUCUGCUGUAGGUGUACCAUAAGGUUUGUUGGAAUCUUAAUCAACAGAUUAUUUUGUGAAUGUAUUUAUACAUUGUUAAAAUUUUUUAAAAAUGUUUUGUUUACUUGAUUGUCUUUAUUGGAGGGAUAGCUUUGAAGGUUCAUAACUUUAUAUUUGUAUAAAACUUUACUUACAAAGCAUUUUGACAUGUGUAGUCUCAUUUGAUCCUCACGACAAACCUGUUUUGUGUGACACCUGUUUACAGAUGAUGAAAUGGAACUUCAGGUUAUUGAGCAACUUGCCCAAAGAAACAGAUUAUAGGAAGACCCAUCAGGAUGUAUUACUGUUUUUAAAAGAAAUAUUUGUCUCUAAUGUCUUCCUUUAUUAAGAAUCAUUAAUUUAUUAAGUCAUUAAUUUAUUAAAUGCUUGGUUGCCAUUUUACUUAUGCUUAUCCGGUGAGGAAAACUGAUGUUACAUGAAGACAUUAUUUAAUUUGAAAGAUUUAACCUAAAUCUUUAGAGUUGAGAGUCUAACAGGGAACACAUUGGUUAUAGGUUUUGAUGUAACUGUGUUGUUAUUUGAACCUGCAAUCCUAAAAACCAAAUAUGAAUUGAAUUUUAGAAUAUGCAUGUGACAGGAUUUACCACUUAUCUUCCAAUAUCCGUUUUUCUCUUCUAUGUGUUUCCCACUUAUUAGCUGGGACAUGGAACAAAGACAGCUUUUCCCAGAUUUUCUUGCUGCGGCUUAGUGGGAUCAUGUGACUGAGUUCUGGCCAAUGAGUACACUUUCAGUAUGCCUAAAAGGAUGGACAUACCCAUCCUAUCCCCCUUUUUCCUUCCUGCUAGCUAAAAUAUGGACAUAGAUGGGCUUGAACCAGCCAUCUUGGAAUGGGGUAGAAGCCUCAUUUUGUGAAUAGCAGAGAAAUAAGGUAGAGAUUACUGAGUCACCUCUGAUGGGAAUAGCAGCCCUGAACUGCCUAUCUGAAUUUUUAAGUGAGAAACUUCUAUCUUGUUUAAGUGUUACUGUUUUGGCUUUUCUGUUUCUAUAGCCUAACUGAAUUCUUAUCAAUACAGUAUAUUUGUAAUAUCCCCCAUAAUUAUUUCCAUUAGUGUAGUAUUUAAGAUAUAAUAAUUCAGUAAUUCAGUAAUACAUAUUCAGCUGUGCUAACUUUUGCCAUAGUGCAGUGAUUUUCAUACUAGAGGAACUUUUUCUUCUACGUCUUCUGUCAAAACUUAAUAUCUAUAAUAAAGCAGAGCUGCUCUAGUGGAAACAGGAUUGGAGGAUCUGGAAUCACCUUCUCAGCCCUAACUACCCAUUUUCAAGGAGACUGCUGAGCCUCCUUGUAAACCACUGGUAGGAAAAGUGAAACCAGAAUCUAUCCUGGUUUUGAGGAAUGCAGUCUCGUAUUGUAUGUUAAAAACACUUUUCAAUUAAAAAUAAAAUCAAAAUAUCUAAUUCUUGAGGGGAGCAGGAAGCACUCCUUAAACCUUUGUAUUGUUCUAAAGAAGAAAGGAAGAAGCAUAUUUCCGUAAGUUAUAAUUUGGUGCCAAGAAAAAAAUAUAUAAUUUUCCCCCACUAUGAUUAAUAUAAAAAAAUAAAUAAAUAAAGCACUCAUAGUCAGCAAAUCAUGGUCAGAAAUCCAUUCUCAAUUCUGCCUAGAAGCAAACAUUUUCAACUGCUUAGUUUUUGUAUUUUGGGGUAUUUACUUUCAUACGUCUAAAUAAUAUGCUUAAUUGUGCUUAUAGUUGACUUAUCAACUUUAUACUUAGCUGUUGACUUCCUGCUAUGAAAAAUGAAGGUUUAACUCAACCCCUUCUCCCCACAUAUAGUUUGAACACUGUUUUUUGUCAAAUGGGUUGUAAUGUUAAAGACUUAACAUAAACCUCCAUUUUUAAAUCAGUUAUCUGUUGUGAUUGUGAAUUUUCUCUGUUAGUAAUUUGUUCAACUAAGUACCAGAAAAUCCUGCAAAUAAUAGUGGCUUAAACAAAAAAAGAGUUUGUGUGUUUUUCUACAAAUGAAGUCUGAAAUUAGGCAAUUGCUGGUGUUGAUGCAGAUACUAAACAAUUCCUUAGAAAGCUGGUUUUUGUCCCUAUGUUCAUUGCCUCAGGGUUACAAGAUGACUGUCACGGCUGAAGAUGACUCAUUUAUUUUUUAAAUUAAUUGGGGUGACUUUGGUUAAUAAAAUGUUAUAGGUUU